GGCCGGCUGGAAGGUUCGGCGGCGCCGCGCGGCGGUUGGGCCGGGAAGCGAGCGGCUGCCUGGGCUGCCGUGACCGCCGCCUCCUCCUCCCUCCUCCCGCCGCUCCGCCAUGGACGCCCGCAAGCUGAGCGAGCUGCGGGCCUUCGUCCGGCUCUGCAAGCAGAACCCGGGCCUGCUGCACACCGAGGAGCUGGCCUUCCUCCGCGAGUGGGUGGAGAGUAUGGGAGGCACAAUACCACCUGCUCCAGCCAAUGCCUCCACAGAGGAGACAAGCAAGGGCAAAGCAGAGGAACAGACAGAGGAACCAGUUAAAUCACCUGAACCAGAAAGUGAAGAGAGUGACUUAGAAAUUGACAAUGAUGGAGUUAUUGAACCAGACAAUGAUGAUCCUCAAGAAAUGGGAGAUGAAAAUGUGGAGGUAACUGAAGAGAUGAUGGAUCAAGCUAAUGAGAAGAAGAUUGAAGCAAUAAAUGCGCUAAGUGAAGGUGAACUUCAGAAGGCUGUCGACUUGUUCACAGAUGCUAUCAAGCUGAAUCCUUGUUUGGCCAUCUUGUAUGCCAAGAGGGCAAGUGUUUUCGUGAAACUACAGAAGCCAAAUGCUGCCAUUAGAGAUUGUGACAGAGCUAUCAAGAUUAAUCCUGACUCAGCACAGACCUACAAAUGGAGGGGAAAGGCACACAGACUUCUGGGCCACUGGGAGGAGGCUGCUCAUGACCUUGCAUUAGCUUGUAAACUGGACUACGAUGAAGAAGCUAGCGCCAUGCUGAAGGAGGUGCAACCCAGAGCUCAGAAAAUUGCAGAACAUCGCCGAAAAUAUGAGCGGAAGCGUGAAGAAAAGGAAAUCAAGGAAAGAAUGGAAAGAGUGAAGAAGGCACGGGAGGAGCAUGAGAGAGCACAAAGGGAGGAAGAAGCAAGACGACAGGCAGGAGGAGCUCAGUUUGGUGGUUUCCCAGGUGGCUUUCCUGGGGGUAUGCCUGGAAUGGCAGGUAUGCCAGGUCUCAAUGAGAUUCUCAGUGAUCCAGAAUUUCUUGCAGCCAUGCAGGAUCCAGAAGUUAUGGUUGCAUUCCAAGAUGUUGCCCAGAACCCAGCAAAUAUGUGCAAGUACCAGAAUAAUCCCAAAGUCAUGAAUAUCAUCAGUAAAUUGUCUGCCAAAUUUGGCAGUAAACCAUAAAAUCCCUGGUUCUUAAAAAUCAUAUCGGAAUGGGAAGAAUUGGAUUUGGCUAACCAGUGUUGCAAUAAAACAAACCAUUGUACCUCUGAUCUUCUUAGGAAGAGAAAUGGGGUGUUCUAUGGAGAACUUCUCACUAGCCCCAAGUGGUGACUUUAUUCAGUAAUUGGUUUAUAGCACUCAAAUUACAUUCAGAUGACCUAGUUUCAAACAUCCCUCCUUAUCCAAGAGUUGCAGCCUUUUAUUAUAAGUACUGCAGACCAUUUUCUUUAAAUGAAUACUCCUGUAAGAAGUUGUGAUAUUCCAGGAGUGUAAGAUAAAUACUUGCUGUUGUGGUGUUUUGGAUUCUUUUUUUUUUAGUUACUCCCAGUGAACAAAAAGAAGCUUUAACAGUUGAAGUCUGUCUUAUUUCCCAUAGGACAGAAAAGUUGGCCUAAUCACAAAUAGCAAAGGUGGGACAAGUCUGAAGAAUUAACUGGAUAAAGGAAUUAUUUGUAAAUACAAGUCUCUUUUUUUUUUUCUUUUUUUUUUUUUUUUUAAUGGGUGACUGACUUUAAAUAGCUGUUAAUUAUAACUAUAACCAUGUUAGCUAGUUACACACUGGAACUUCUGGCAGUACUGCAGAUAAUUUAAUAUUUUGAUCACCACAAUUGUGUAGCAAAGGUACAGUCCUAUUCUUUGCACAACCUGGCAUGAAGUAGAUAUUGCAGAGGCCACAGAGGUUUUGUUACUUGGUCAAAUCUUGUCUGGCAACUUUACAUAACUUUUUUUCAAUAUGGGUAUGGGAGAGCAGCUUACUGUCGGUGCUUGUGCUCAUGUCCUUUCCCAGUUGGCACGUCCUCCGCUGGUUGCACUCGCCCUUCUUUGGGGUCUUGCUUACCAGGUUUCAUCUAUUUGGAAACUUUAGGGAAGGAAUCUCAUUCCCAUCACUACCUCUGUCCCUCUGAACGCAAGCCAUCCAGAACAUGUAAAUGCAGAGUUAUAAAUCAGUGAAGGUGAGAAUAGCCAACAAAAUUGCAGCUCUGAGUUCUGAGUCGGUUAGAGUCCUUACAUGCUUAUUCAUUAUCAUUUCCUAGCCAAAAUGCUGCUGUUUAGAGGUGAUGACUCUUCCUUCACGGCAUAUUGUAGUCUUCCGUCUUUUCUUGUAUCUUUUUCUUUAAAACAAAACAAAACAAGCCCUAAAAUGAAAAGCUGUUGUCGUAGUUUCAUACUUCUGUGUUUUUGAGACUUACGAUACGGAGGAAAAGGUGACGUAAUUGGAGCGGUCAGAACAUUCUUCUAACACUUGUGGAUUAACAGCAUGGUUAUCCUUGAAGCAGUGUCUGUGCUGAUGAUGUUAAUUUGAUUCAUCUACCAAUAAAGACAGUUGUUGCUUCUGUUUGUUUAGCUAAAACAUUGUAUUUUCGUGGAAAAAAUGACCAUAGUUACCUGUUCAUAACUUGAAACAUUUAUGUUACUCUUUUGUAUUUCUGUAUCUUAAGCCAUAACUGAUGUUACAAUUUUUAAAUAAAUCUGGUUUGGUGUAAGAACUCAACAACAGUUGCAAAAAAAAUAAAAAUCCCCAAAUACUUUUUCUCAUAUAAUGACCCUGCAGAAUGAAAUGUGAAUCUUUUUGCUUAUGAAAUAUAGUUCCAAAUACUUCUCUUAGCCUUUAAAAAUAAAGUAUGGUUUUGAAAAAGAAA